AUGACAACUUUUUCUGCCCCGGUCACCGCACCUCGGUCUCCCCAUAAUCAGGCUGCGUUGGCCGCUUCCUUCACAAAUUUCCUCACCGUCUCUGUACACCAGAUUUUAUUCCUCCGAUCGGUUUAUCCGCGAGCAACCUUUUUACCCGUCAGGGCGUACAACUAUCCCGUCCGACAAUCCCGCCAUCCAAAGGUGUGCGAUUACAUAAACGACGCCUCGAUUGCCGUCGGAACAGAAAUAUUAAAAGGCACAAUUACAGCCGUCAGCAUCAUUAUAUCCUCUCUACGCACAAAUCAACCCCUCGAGCGAUAUGCCUUCGAUCUAUCAGGGUUCCCUCGUGUGCCGCCCGGCGAGGUGCACACCACUUUCGAGGACAGAAUGGACGAUGCCACCAUGGGUGUCCCCACUGCCCAAACAGUCGAUCUCGAGGCGCAAUUUCGUGCUUGUCUGGCAAGACUCGCGUCCGCUUGCGCCCGAUUGACCCCUUUACCUCGUGAUGAUGAAUUUAGUUUUACCGUCUGCAUCGAAGUUCGUGAGGAUGCUUUACCCCCUGCGGGGACUACAACAGAAGAACAGACCUGGAUUGUGGCGGAACCAGGCAAGGUUCAUCUCCGAUCAUGUUCGGCUCCAUAUUCAGUCUCGAAGCUGAGGAAUGGUGAGCCGCAACAACCGCCUCCAAGAGUAUCGAAUGGUCGCGCCAAGACGGUGCCAGUACGUCGGGUAGAGGCUGGCGAACUUCGUCUAGAGUUAUGGGUGGAAGAGGCACGGCAGAAAUUCAAUGAACCGGUGGAUUCAGAACAUCCGCCAUAA